AUGGCGCAACUCCUGGACCUACCCAACAGACCGGCAACCAGUCUGCUGGAACGGGAGAUUAAUAUACGGGUCUGGUGGUCACUCUGCAUGAUUGACGUGUGGUCAUCCACCGCGGUGAAGCUGCCCAAGCUGCUGCCGGCGAGAUCCGACAUCCCCCUGCCGAUGGACGAUCUGCCGUUCGUCUCGUUGAGCCGCAGCGGUGCGUCAUCAUCCUCCGCCGCGUCCGCGGGGGCGGCGGCUGCUGCUGCCGGUGUGUCCGCCGCGGGUGCGACGCUGCUGUCGGGACAGAGCUCGCAGCACCUCUCGCAGAUGGUGCGGCUCAACAGGAUCCUGCUCGACGUCAACGACUUCAACCAGCGGUGCGUGGCCGAGAACCCGGACUGGGACGCGCUCGAGAGCGGCGUGGAGGCGCUCCACGCGCGCAUGGAGGGCUGGCUCGCGGCGCUGCCGGACAACAUGCGCGACACGCCCGAGAACUUUGCGUGGUUCGCGGCGCGGGGGCUCGGGCGGACGUUCGCGGCCGUGUAUCUCGGAUAUUACCACUUCGGCCAGCUGCUGUACUACCAGUUCCUGUACGGCGCGGGCACGACGACGGCCAUCAACCCGACGGCGUCGGCGUCGGUGGCGCGGCGGGACUCGUACGCGACGCGGUGCAAGGAGCACGCGGCGAGGCUGUGCGACGUCGUGUACCGCGCGCAGACGACGGCCGGCGCCGACGUGCGGUACACGAUGGCGGCGCACGUCUUGGUGAUCGCGUCGACGGUGCAGAUCCACACGCUGCUGCUCAGCGGCGACGAGGCCGACAUCGGCCUGGCGCGGCGGCGUCUCGAGAGGAACUAUGAGCUGCUUCUGCAGCUGCGGUGCUACUGGCCGACCGUCGACCGGGCCAUCAGCCGGCUGAGGGCGUUCCACGAGACGGCGCGGACGAGCAUCGACACCAGCUUCGUGCUGGACCGCUGGAUGCUGCGGUUCCUGGUCGAGUUUGCCGAGCCGAUGGAGGAGAAGGAGGCCGCGGCCGGAACAAGCCGGCGCGGGGAUGGGGAGGAGAUGGAGUCGCUGUGGACGAUGGAGGGGCGGCCGCGGUGA